AUGAGGGACAAUGGCAGCGCCCUGCUCAAUGCCUCUCAGCAGGUACCAGGCAGCGGGGAGGAUGGGCGGCCACGGCCGUCGUGGCUGGCGUCCACACUGGCCUCCAUCCUCAUCUUCACCAUCGUGGUGGACAUCCUGGGCAAUUUGCUGGUCAUCCUGUCUGUGUAUCGCAACAAGAAGCUCAGGAACGCAGGAAAUUUAUUUGUGGUGAGCUUAUCUGUGGCAGACCUCGUGGUGGCUAUUUACCCAUACCCCUUGGUGCUGGCCUCCGUAAUUAACAAUGGAUGGAAUCUGGGUUAUGUGCACUGUCAAAUUAGCGCAUUUCUGAUGGGUUUGAGCGUCGUCGCCUCAAUUUUCAACAUCACCGGGAUCGCCAUUAACCGCUACUGCUACAUUUGCCACAGUCUCAAGUAUGACCGGCUAUACAGUAACAAGAACUCCCUCUGCAAUGUGUUCCUGAUAUGGGUGUUGACCCUCGUCGUCAUUAUGCCCAACCUGCAAACCGGAACUCUCCAGUAUGAUCCCCGGAUCUACUCCUGUACCUUCACCCAGUCUGUCAGCUCGGUGUACACGAUAUCAUUGGUGGUUUUCCAUUUCAUCGUGCCUAUGGUGAUCGUCAUCUUCUGCUACUUAAGAAUCUGGAUCCUGGUUCUCCAGGUCAGACGGAGGGUCAAAGCUGACAGCAAACCCAAACUGAAGCCGCAGGACUUCAGGAACUUCGUCACCAUGUUUGUCGUGUUUGUGCUUUUUGUCAUCUGCUGGGCCCCACUCAACUUCAUCGGGCUCAUUGUGGCCACGGACCCUGCCACCAUGGUCCCCAGGAUUCCAGAGUGGCUGUUUGUGGCUAGUUACUACAUGGCAUAUUUCAACAGCUGCCUCAAUGCCAUUAUAUAUGGACUCCUGAACCAAAAUUUCAGACAGGAGUACAAAAGAAUUAUCGUCUCGUUGUGCACAGCCAAGAUGUUCUUUGUGGACAGCUCAAACGAUGCAGCAGAUAAGAUGAAAUGUCGGCGUGCUCCACUAAAAGCCAAUAAUAAUUUAAUAAAGAUGGACUGUGUUUAAAAGGCCGGUGGUGCCAGCAAAUCACCCACGCUGGCCGGUGGUCUCACCGCUUUCUGUACCCACGCUGGCCCGUGGUCUCACCGCUUUCUGUACCCACGCUGGCCCGUGGUCUCACCGCUUUCUGUAGCCACGCUGGCCAAUGGUCUCACUGCUUUCUGUACCCACACUGACUGGUGGUCUCACUGCUUUCUGUGUUUUCUUUCUUUUGUCUAGAAAUCAGAAAAGUCCAACUUGAUGCUCGUUAGGGUGGUCUCUGUAUUGCUGGAACUAACCCACCGUCUGCAGUGCAGGCAUCCCUCCUUACCUGUGACGGAAUAAAAAUAGUCACGGAAACUCCGUCUGUGCUGAACAGGGGCAUGGUUCUUCUUCUUGUCACCGUCUCCUCAAUGAUACAGCGUAAUGUUUAUAGUGUACUAAGCAUUGCAUGUAACCCAGCAACGAUUUAAAGUGCUGUAUGUGUAAGCGAUAUGGGUCAGUUAGCUACAAACUCUGCCUCAAUUUUCUCUAAGUGCUGUGAGCAUCUUCAGGUUUCCAGAUGCUUGGUGUUAGGGACCCUGGAACUAGUCCACAAUAGAUACCUAGCGAUGACUCUAAUUUCUUUCUCCUCACAUCUUCAAAAAGAUCUCUAACAGCGAAAAGGGUCACCUGAUUUAUUCGUAAGUGAGUGUGUGGAAUAGUAAGGGUAAGUGAGGUGAAAGCCUCCUAUUAAGAGCGAAGAGUUGAAAAUGAAUCUACAAAUGACCCCACAGCCAUAGCAAGAACCUUAGCAGCACACACCAUCCAGCUGACGGAUUCACAAUACUGGGCACCUCUAUCGAUAAUCCAAAUAUUUGCCACCCUGCACCAUGCUGAAGGGGGUCAAUGGGCCAGGAACUACUAUACCAUAAAGCUUGAUUCAGACGUCAG